GCGCGGCGAGCUCACGCGCCUGCUCGGAGCGCACGCGGUGCGGGGGGAGCACGGCGGCGCGCUGGAGUAUGGCGGCUGCGGCGCUGGGCAGUUCCUGUGGGUCCGCGUCCCCGGCAGUGGCCGAGCUCUGUCAGAACACCCCGGAGACCUUCCUGGAGGCCUCCAAGCUGCUGCUCACCUACGCGGACAACAUCCUCAGAAACCCUAAUGAUGAAAAAUAUAGAUCUAUCCGGAUUGGAAACACAACUUUUUCUACUAGACUCUUGCCUGUCAGAGGAGCUGUUGAAUGUUUAUUUGAAAUGGGCUUUGAAGAGGGAGAAACCCAUCUUAUCUUUCCUAAAAAAGCUUCAGUGGAGCAGCUGCAAAAAAUUCGUGACCUGAUUGCCAUAGAGAGAAGUAGCAGAUUGGAUGGAUCAGAUAAGAGCCACAAAGCAGAAUUAUCUCAGCAACUUGCAGCCAGCACCCAGCUUCCUACAGCACAGCCUUCCAGUCCUAAUGGGUUAACCCAGCAUCCAGGGAACAGUGAAGGACGGUCAUCAAAUCCACCGUCCGCUCCAAUGGUUACUGGUGAUUCAAUCAUUCUAAAAGCUCUUCAGUCCAACAUUCAGCAUGUACUGGUCUAUGAGAACCUUGCUGUCCAGGAGAAAGUGCUGGCUUGCAUUCCAGUCCAAGAACUAAAAAGGAGAUCACAAGAAAAGUUAUCUAGAGCUAGAAAAUUGGAUAAAGGUACUAAUGUAAGCGAAGAGGACUUUCUUUUGCUGGAGCUUUUACACUGGUUUAAGGAAGAAUUUUUUCACUGGGUGGAUGACAUUUUGUGCAGCAAAUGUGGUGGCCAGACUAAGUCUAGAGGCGAAUCAUUGUUCCCCAGUGAUGAUGAGCGGAAGUGGGGUGCAAACAGAGUGGAAGAUCAUUACUGUGACGCCUGCCAGUUCAGCAAUCGAUUUCCAAGGUAUAAUAAUCCCGAGAAACUUCUGGAAACAAGAUGUGGACGGUGCGGGGAGUGGGCCAAUUGUUUCACACUGUGCUGCAGAGCCCUGGGCUUUGAAGCCCGCUACGUCUGGGAUUACACAGACCACGUCUGGACAGAAGUGUACUCCCCUUCUCAGCAGCGGUGGCUGCACUGUGACGCAUGUGAAGACAUCUGUGACAAGCCCCUCCUCUAUGAGAUCGGCUGGGGCAAGAAGCUGUCCUACAUCAUCGCAUUUUCUAAAGAUGAGGUGGUUGAUGUCACUUGGCGCUAUUCUUGUAAACAUGAAGAGGUAAUCUCCAGAAGAACUGAAAUUAAAGAAGAGUUACUUCGAGAAACUAUUAAUACACUUAAUAAGCAGAGGCAGAUCUCUUUGUCAGAAAACAGAAGAAAAGAACUUCUCCAGAGGAUCAUUGUGGAGCUUGUUGAAUUUAUAUCUCCCAAAAGCCCUAAGCCUGGAGAACUUGGAGGAAGGAUAUCUGGGUCAUUGGCGUGGAGAGUAGCCCGAGGUGAAACGGGUCCAGAGAGUAAAGAAACCCUGUUCAUCCCCUCUGAAAACGAGAAGAUUUCUAAACAGCUCCACCUUUGCUAUAAUAUAGUAAAAAAUCAUUAUGUCCGCAUUUCAAGUAAUAACCAAACCAUUUCUGGAUGGGAGAAUGGUGUGUGGAGAAUGGAAUCCAUAUUCAGAAAAGUUGAAACAGACUGGAACAUGGUGUAUUUAACCCGAAAGGAAGGAUCGUCUUAUGCUUACAUUUCCUGGAAGUUUGAAUGUGGGUCAGUUGGCCUCAACGUAGAUAGCAUUUCCAUUAGGACAAGUAGCCAGACCUUUGAGACAGGAGCAGUACAGUGGAAAUUGAGAUCUGAUGCAGCACAAGUAGAGCUGGCGGGCGAUAAAAUUCUUCGCUCCUAUCAUGAUUUUUCUGGUGCCACUGAAGUUAUUUUGGAAGCAGAAUUAAGCAGAGGAGAUGGUGUUGUUGCUUGGCAACACACCCAGCUGUUUAGACAAAGCUUAAAUGACCCUGAAGAAAAUUGUUUGGAGAUAAUUAUAAAAUUCAGUGACCUUUGAGAACCUGAACAUUAUAGAAAAGCUGGCAAUAAUCAAGGACAUAGCAUGUUCUGAAGUAGUCUAUUGGUUCCAUGCAUGCUUAGAUGGCAGUGGUCUACCCCCUGCUAGCAUAUUUCCUUGUUGGCUAUCCAUCGUGUUAACCCUCAUGAAAAUGUAUCUUUUUACUGUGGACCCUAAUGAAACCUUGAAUUAAAAGCUUCCUUCCAUAUGUGACUGGUUUGGAGUGAAGUCUUAUUACUGCCCCACUAUGAGAUUUUAACCUAAAAGCUGUAAGUAUGGUUUUAAAAGUAAAAUGAAGGUAUUCGUGAUUAAAUGCUAUUC